GGGGUUAGGAGGCGAGGCCUGGGAGGAGCUGCAAUGUUAUUGUGUUUCAGGCAGUAUGGACUCCUUACUCACCAGAUGGUACUUCACCCAGAUCCUGAUGCUCAAAUUCAGCCUCAUUCUUGGUGUCCAGACUGUCAAAGAACUCCACUCUCCCUGCACACUGAACAGGACUGUGGGGGAAUCUGCUCAGCUGCAACUGAACUCCUCCUUGCCCCUUACCAUCCGAGAGAUUGAGUGGAGUUGGAUUUCUGAGGAUGAGAAAAAUCAAUUGCUGGUGUCCUGGAGGCCUAACACCACUGAUCCUGCUUGGUAUGACUUUGAAGACAAAUACAAGCACAGAUUCAGCCUGACAGAGUUGGCUUUCUUGAGCAUCAGGAACCUCACUGCGGAAAUGAGCGGACUAUAUGAAGCAAAAAUCAAAUUCAGCUCAGGAAAAUUCCAGGAGGACAUCGUUAGACUCUGUGUAUACGAGCCCAUCCCUCAACCCCAGGUUCUGAUUCACUCAUCAUCCAAAACAUCAGGCUGGUGCAACUUCACCCUGGAGUGUGGGACCCCAGGGGCCACAGAGAACCUGACAGUGACCUGGUUGGGCAAGGGUCUUCCUGGGCAUCUGGAGAAAAGGGGCACACAGGAGCCAACUCCCAACUCCAGGAUUGUGAGCCUGAGCCUGCCCCUGAGCCAGGUUAAUACCCACGUCAUCUGUGUGGUCAGCAACCCUGCAGACCAGAAAAAUGCCACCUUGGACCUGGGGAGCAUCUGUCUAUGGAGGGGUUCUCUUUGGAGCAAAUGGCUUUGGAAAGGCAUCUUUGCCACAGUUCUAGUGGUGAUCCUGGGAGCUGGAGUGUGGAUCUGGAAGAGGAGGAAGACGGAGACUGAGAAAGGUGGGUCCACUCUCCUGCCAGUGGUGCCCAGCUCAGCAGUGGCCCUCCAGGCCCUUCCCACAGAGGACAGUGCUGACCUACAGACCAGUGAGAUCGACAGCCACUGUCCUCCCUAUGCCGAGAUCAGCCUCCUGAGACACCCUAAGAAGUUGGCCAGAGUACCCUAAACCUCUCCUGACUUGUAGACCAGCAUCAAGAGGAGCAGUGGUCAUACACGGAGCCCCGAGCAGACCUUGGCGGAGAACACUGUCUACUAGAUGAUCAGGACAAAAAUCUAAGGAGGACGCCUGGAUCAAGAGCACACGGGGACAUUGUAGUUUUGUGUUUUUUCUGCUUUAAUUUGUCACUUUGGUAUUUGUGUUAUGCUUGUUCGAACCAAAAAACAAAAACAAACCUGUUGCUGUUGAGUUGAUUUCAACUCCAGGUGACCAGGUGUGUUAUAG